UCAGCCGCGCUUGCCAAUCUGGUAGCAGCAGGAAAUUAAAGGGGGAAAACACACACACACACACACACACAAUACAACAACAACCCACAACAACGCCCCCACCCUACUCCAAGACCAGACCGAGCGACCCUUCUGCCUUCUUUCUCCACCCUGCGUGUCUCUUCUUCUCUCUUCUCUUCUGCUCCAGCUGGGAUGGACUAAAAAGGAAGUGGGUCCCAGGCCAGCCCGAAAUCUUGAAGAACAAGCGGGGUGCCCAGGUGGUGUUCCGACAGCAUGGAGCUGAAGCAAUCCAUCUCCAGCAGCUUAGGAGCCGAGAAACCUCUGAGGAGCUACGGGGCGGUGAAAGAGACGGAAUGGAAACAACCCGCCGAUGGGCUUGGGAAAAAUCAACUCGACAUCAUUUCAAUGGCAGAAACAACCAUGAUGCCAGAGGAGAUAGAGAUGGAAAUGGGAAAGAUUCAAAGACUCCGGGAAGUCUUGGUCAGGCGAGAAUCAGAACUGAGAUUCAUGAUGGACGACAUCCAGUUGUGCAAAGACAUCAUGACCCUUAAGAAAGAGCUGCAGAAUUUAGUCGCCAUCUCAGAGAAAGACAAGACAAAGCUUCAGAAUCAAAGAGAGGAUGAGCUGAUCCAGAAAAUCCACAACUUAGUGCAGAAAAGAGACUUUCUGGUUGACGAUGCAGAAGUGGAGAGAUUAAGAGAGAAGGAAGAGGACAAAGAGAUAGCUGACUUCCUACGACUUAAGUUGAAACCUUUGGACUGUGUUGUACAGUCUCCAACCAGGGUACCUAAAGAGAAGAAAGGUGAGCCUCCACCACCACCACUACCGCCUCUUCCUCCCAACAAACCCACCAUUGCCAAAACCAGCGCUGCUCUCAUCAAGGAUUGCUGUGGGAUGACCCAGUGCGCCAUCAUGUAGCUCCAGCAUCUCUCUCGGGCAACGCCUUCUGCUCGACCCACUUCCCCCGUUGGCCGAAAACAGCAAACAACAACAAACAACUGGUGGGCGAAGGAAUCAGGACAAUCAAUCAAGCACCCAGAUAUUCUUGAUCGUUGAAUCUCCUGUUGUAUUUCUUAACAGUAACUUGUGUGCUGAACUGUGCUAUACUUGGUAACUCCUUGGUGUUGCAUGGACCUCAGUGAGCAUGCCCUAGGUUAAGACGAGGAGUAGACAUUAACUAUAACCAGAACACGGGAGAAGAACCGUGAGGCAUAGACAGAGAUGAGGGGGGUGGGGGAUGGCUUAUGACUUGCGGGUAACAUCAGGGGUCCAUCUGUGAUGUCUUUAAGAGCUGCGUCCACCCAGCCUUGAUCUGGGUUGCGAAUCCACUCAAAAGUUUCUUGACUUAGCUCAGGAUGGAUGGUAAGUCCCCUUCAUAAAAGGUAGGAAGAACAGCCAAGGUGAACGCUAUGCUUAGCAUGCUGUGUGAAUGUAUCUGAUCCGGCAUGGUGAACAAAUUAAGUCCGAAUCCAGCCGAUAGGUAAAUUCCGCAUAGGAGUAGAAAUCGAUUCUUAACCUAACGCCAGCUCUGAAGUAGAAGUAACACGUAGCAGUUUUUCAUGGUCUGUCGAGCACUGGAUACACCCCGCGCCUUCUUCCUUUCACAGGCGGUAUUUGAUCGGUGGGCGAACGGAGGCAAACACCUUCCCAGUGGCUGGGUUGGGUCCUUUUCGCAAUGACGUAUGUGUUAAUAAAAACGCUAAAUAGAAUAGCUAAUAAGCCUACCAGAAGCCGACACUCUGUUCUAUUGUGGUUUGC